UCCUGACAUUUCACGUUCUAUGACCUGCAAUGGUCUGGUUUUGCACCUGUCAUUUCUUAAUUCAAAGUAUUCUACAUUUGAAGUGUAAAAUGAGCCACGUCGGUGUUAAUUAAAGUAUCUGCUGCUAAUGGAAGUAUCUCUUAUACUUUUGUUGGUUAUUAUUUUAUAGUCUGAUCUACGAAACUGCGUAUCGUACAGUCUACAAGACGACGCCACGUACAGUAACAACGUACGAAUGUUGUCCAGGUUGGACUCGAAGGAUUCCAAGUGCACGCGGGUGUAUGAAAGCGAUCUGUUCGCCUACUUGUGAAAAUGGAGGAAUUUGCAGGAAACCAAACAAAUGUGCUUGCUCGCCCGGCUGGACCGGAUCGACUUGCCAAACAGAUGUGGACGAGUGCCUGAAAGAAAACGCAAAAUGUGAUCAUAAAUGUGUAAACACUCGAGGCAGUUACACGUGCGAGUGUCAUGCCGGAUUUAACUUACAGUUAGACAAGAAGUCCUGCAAAAUGAAUCUUCACGUUAUCCCAGAAUACCAGAAGUUUCUUCACGGUUAUCAGGAAUUGAACCAAAGAAUUGUUAUGUUAGAAAAGAUGCAAGAACAGCACAACUUAACAGAUCUUGAAUAUCAAGUAGAGAAAAUAGCUAAAUCGGUGUCCUCUAUGACGGAGAAGGACGUUCCAAGCUACUCCUCCGAUAAAACCAAAACCGACAACUACGCCUAUUACGGUUCUCCGUGGGAGAGGGUUCACUCUCUGAGUGAACAAAUUUCGAUGCUAGAGGAACGUCUCGCGGAUUGUACGUGCAACCAGCCAGAACGGUCAAGGCCACGAUUAUAAUCACUGAAGAAAGUUUUGUUUUUAAAGACUGAGCACCCUCUACAGGAAUAUAAAGGAAAAUGACAUAUAUAUAUAUAUAUAUACACACGUAUACCUUUUGGAUUUUUAAUGUUUUUCAGUUUUUAAUGAAC